AUGCCAGCACUCUGGACUCCAGGUAAAUGAUUCAUUUCUUCCUAAUACACAGACUGUCCCACCUGUUCCAGGUAUAAUGACUUGGGGACAGAGACACUACACUGAGAUGUAGGGAGAGCUGGGAAUCGAUUUGCAAAAUUUAGAAAAAAAAUUACCAUAUAAGGAAAUAAAAAUAUCAGAUCAGUUAUAUAGAAUAACCCUUUAAAUACUAAUUCAUAAAGUGUUAAAAUGUCUAAAAAAAAAGCUAGAAAAUAGAAGAAAGAAUCUCAAAGUACAGGCAGAAGCAGCCAUAAUUAUCUAUCUAUCUAUCUAUCUAUCUAUCUAUCUAUCUAUCUAUCUAUCUAUCUAUCUAUCUAUCUAUCUAUCUAUCUAUCUAUCUAUCUAUCUAUCUAUCUAUCUACCUGUCUGUCUGUCUGUCUGUCUAUCUACCUGUCUGUCUAUCUGUCUAUCUGUCUGUCUAUCUAUCUGUCUGUCUGUCUGUCUGUCUGUCUAUCUGUCUGUCUGUCUAUCUACAUUUUACCUAUAUAACCAUUAAAUAGCCUAAAAUACAGCAAAAGCCGCAUGUUGUCUGUUUAGGACAUUAUAAUCAUAUUAUACAUUUAACAAUAUUUAAAGUUUUGUCUGAUUCCUCUAACUGCAAGAACACAUCAUAUCAACUAUUUUUCAAAAAGCCAUUUACGAAAAACAAAUUCGUGUUAACCCAGUGGUUCCCAAACCAGUCCUCAAGGCACCCUACCAGUCCAGGAUUUAGGGAUUAUCCAGUUGUGUCUAAGAUAUUUUUUUUGAAAGAAAAAUAAAAAACACCUUAGACACAACUGGGUAAUCCCUAAAUCCUGGACUGGUAGGGGUGCCUUGAGGACUGGUUUGGGAAUUAACAUUAAGUUAAAUUUAGAUAUAUGUGUCCCCUGUUUGGGUUCUACUGGGUUAUUCACGGUGGUUAGGAAUUUGGUGACUUUUUUAUUCCAAAACAACCUUACGGAAACCGCGGCUUCAUUUUUUAAUUCAGGCUGCAUUGGUCUACAAUUCACUAAGCUUGAAGACUAUUGAAAUGCAAAUGGCAAAAUGUAGGCAAAAAUAACUGCUCUGGAAGAAUUCUCAAAGUAAAUUACAGUCACAGUGUGGCCUGAAUUUUGCCAUCAGGAUUUUUAUUAAUUAGAAUUUGUAGUUAUUAGUUGUUUUGUUAGUGAAUAACUAUGUUUGAAUUACAUUUAAAGGGACACUAAUCUCAAUGAAGUGGUUUGGGUGCAAUGGCCCUGUCCUUAUAACCAGUUUUUAGAAACGUCAAUGUUUACAUAGUGGGGUUAAAUCCACCUCUAGGGGCUGUCUUCUCUAUCUUUUCUAUGGGGAAGUUCGGAUGGGUGCAUGGGGGGACCUAUAAUUUGGGAUAGAUUUGCAUUCUCAGUGGUAUUGUGUUCCUUUAACUUCUUCAAACUCAGAAUUUUACAUGAACACAGGUAAUGACUUGCAGGGAUAGGCAAGGGAAAGCAUUCUAUCUGAGAACAAAUGAGAAUAACAGUUGACCAUUACUUAUUUUUUUUCAUACAAAAUUUGUUGAAUUUGUAAUGGCUGAUUUUUUUCAACCUCUUAUACAUUUUUGAUUUAUAUCUGUAAAUUACUAAUUUCAACAUAAAGGCAGCCAUCUUGUAUCAUAACACAAUUUCAAAAUUUACUCUAGAUUUUAAUUUUCUUUGCUGAGAACAUCAGUAAAUAUGAUUGGUUAAUAAAAGUGACCCAGCAGCCAAUCAGAAGCUGGAAUUCCCUGAGUUAAAGGAUCAUUAUAAUGUCAGGAGAACAAACUUAUUUUCCUGACACUAUAUACUCCUUAGGCCCCCAUCCACCCUCAGGGCCCUCCUCCCUUGGCGCUGAAGGGGUUUAAACCCCUUCAGUUACUUACUUUAAUCCUCUCCUCCCCCGCCGACGUCAGCUCCCGAGUGGAGCGGAAUGCGCAUGCGCUGCAAGAGCCGCGCGCAUUCAAACAGUCCAUAGGAAAGCAUUUCUUAUGGACGUUCUGCAUGCUAGAUGCGAAUUUCGCAUCCAGUGUCGCAGAAGUGCCUCUAGCGGCUGUCAGGAAGACAGCCACUAGAGGCUGGAUUAACCCUGCAAUGUAAACAUAGCAAUUUCUUUGAAACAUCUGAAGCUUUAAAACCUGGGGGACCUGGCAUUUCUCCUCUCAAAUGUUUUUUUAAAAUUGUCAACUCAAAAUACAGCCAUGUGCCCUGGAGUCACACAUCCUCAAGUAUAGAUCUGUUAAUAUAUCUCCACAUUUACACAGAAUGUAUAAAUCUCAUUCAAUACACAGGGGCUUAUACUAAACUGAAAUGUUAUGUGAAUUCAAAGUGAACAGCAAUUUUAAGGCAAAAACAAUCAAAUUGGAAACAUUCUCCAAUUCAGUUGUGUUCUAAGCUCAGCUAUUUGGGCCUUUUAUUUGUCUUUUUGUAAAGUUUCACCUAGCCAUCUUUACUCCAGGUUUUGCAUUUCCUGAUUGGGCUUACAAGCCAGAGUCCAGCCCGGGCUCCAGACAGAUUCAGCUCUGGCAUUUCAUUCUGGAGCUGCUCCAAAAAGAGGAAUAUCAUGACGUCAUCGCUUGGCAAGGGGACUACGGAGAGUUUGUCAUCAAGGACCCAGAUGAGGUGGCGCGCCUGUGGGGAAUCCGCAAAUGCAAACCACACAUGAACUAUGACAAGCUGAGCCGAGCACUCAGGUAGGUGUGAGGGGUGUAGAAUCAUUUUGAUGAAAAAAAAUAUCCUAAUACAGCGCAAUUAAUUGUCAUAAUAACACUUGAGUGAGUAGCUCCACCAUAUCACUUUCAUUUACUCAAAAUAAAAUUUAUUUUUCUGAUUCUGUUUAAAUGUUGUUUUUAUUUUCUGUCUUUCUAAAUUGUCACUUUUUAAAGUUAUUUUUGAAUAAGUGUACUAGCAGCUAUUUAACAGCAUGGGCCCUCUUCGUUAAGGCAUACAAAGGCACAAACAAAACGUAACUGUCCGAUGGUGGGCAAAGCCUUCUCUUUCACACAACCAUUCAUAAGAUGUUAGAUGACCUCACACUAGCUUCAGCCACCAAUCAAGUUAGACAGUAGAAAAAGCCAUUUAUUUUUUAAUAGUGUUGCCGAAAAGGAAAAUAACAGUAGAUUGAAGAUAUGGCACAUUAAUAAAAUCAUAUAGUCAGUAGUAAGAGAAAAACAUUAUUAUGUUAAAAAAAAAUCACAUGCUCUUGGGUGUUAUAGACACCCAAGACAAUUCACUUUUGCCAGAAGUAUUUCAAUAAACACAAGGGCUCAAUGAAUAAGAAAAUUGCAAAUCUGACUUUCCUAUAAACAGGAGCCCCAAGCCCGUACUUUCAAUCUCUGGAUAAUGAGACUCAUAGUACAGCAGUCACUGGAGAUGUAAUUAAGGACAGUAAUUAAUGCAGCUUAUUAACUACAGGUUAAUGUGAGGGCAUACUAAUGCAGUUUUGAUGUAUAGAUCAUGCCCCUGCAGUCUCACUGCUCAAUUCUUUGCCAUUUCGGAGUUAAAUCUCUUUUGUUUCUGUUUAUGCAGCCCUAGCCACACCUCCCCAGAUUCUGACUCAUGCAGCCUCCAUGAAAAAAUAGUUACAUUUUCAAUCAGAUUUACAGCAGAGUGUGUUUGCUUUAGAUGUUCUUAUCUCCUGCUCUGUUAAUUGAACUUUAAUAAUACACAGCUGUUGUAGGCUCUAGCAAGCAUUUAUCAGAUCAGCAGAUACAAAAUAACAAAUUAAAUACACUCCAAUAAAAGAAGCUAAAAAUUUAGAUUCACUCUCCUGUAUAAAGUAAUUCAAUUUAUUCCACCUGAUGAAGGGUAUGCGCCUGAAACGUUGCCAUUUUUUUAUGGAUGAUGCAAUGAAGCUGUAGAGUUUGCUCCCUCUUUUUUACAUUUUCACGUUGUAGGUAUGAGGUGAAAUUUGCAGACUGAGAAUCAUAUGAAAGUUUUGUUUAAUGAGCCCUCAGACACUGUGAUGUCCAGAAUAUGUCUAUAGUAAAAGUUGGAGGAGUUCUUGGUGAAGAACAGUUGAGCCAGUAGUAUUCAUCUGUUCUUUGAUCAAACAAGCUUUGAGCCAGCCCCAAGGGGAAAUACACAAAGAAAUUUACAUAGGAGUGAAACCAGAGCUUCAGAUUAGCAAACGAUUAUGGAUUAUCUUCUAGUCACUUGGAUGCACUGAACACAUAGUUACCAGCCAAUUUAGCAAUCUAUGUGUGUAUUGUAUAGAAGCCAGUAGGCAUGCAGAAGAUAGCAGAACUUUGAAUGGACUCCCAGGUGCAGAUGACCUCUGGUUCCCCAGCUGCUGUAAUCUAUAACUCAGCCAAAAAUAAUUAAAUCCUCUGGCAUGUCAGUUUCUGUGAAAUUCAACCCCCACCCUGCCAAGCCAACAAAGUUUCAUGCCCAAGGCAGCCAGAGUUGGCCAUUCUUUGGUAUUUCAGAUUCCACUGACUACAGUUCCCAUCAUGCAUAGACGGCAUAGUAAAGGAAAAUAACAUCCAGCUGCAAUGGUUUAUAAAUGCCAAUAGGCUACCCGAGACUAUUGGGAUUUGUGGUCUGCAGCACUAGAAAUGACAGGGGCCAGUGGUAAGUAUGGCUGCCUGAGAGUGGUGUGAAUAAUAUAAAGAAUGAGACAGAAUAAUCGAAAUGGAGGCAGGGGUCACACAAGUCACAAAUUAGAAAUGUAUGGGUAUCCACAAUCCUUCCAUGUGCAUGGAGCAGCUAGUUUAAGUCCAUGCGGUCCCCAAGGUGCUGGUGGGUAUAUAGGUAGGGGGGGGCCUCAUUCCUCUACCGAAAAAUCACUUUUGACAUUUAAUUUCAAAAAUCUCUUCUUGCCUAACACGUGGGUGAUAUGUUUGCCCUAUAAUACGGCACGGGAUCUCAAGAGAGGAGAAGAGGGUGGUGUGUGGGUUUAUAUAAUAUAUCUAUCUUUACAAAAAUAAAGCACGUUCAUGGGUUUGUAGCUAUCUAUUAUAUCAUUUUACAUACGUUACCGUGUGUAUUGUGGAGUUUAUUUACUUAGGAGAAUAAAAGAUCUGUCUAAUAUAAUAUAGAAAACAUAUAACAUACAUUUUAGUCAGACUGAAUUUGUCUGAUAAUUUAUCUUGCUGUUUUAUGCAGUACAAAGCGUGGUAUUUCUCCAUAAACUACUUUCUAUAAUACUGCACUAUAUAAACUCUCCAUAUUAUCCCUUCUAUUGAUUGACCAAUAUUACCACCUAAUUCACUGUGUAAUCACUUUUAACCCUUUCUGUUGCUCCACCUUCAAUGAUAUCUAAGCACUAUAUGGCCUUACCGAGUAACCCCUACUAAUGCUUGGCUGAUAACACCACCUAAUGCACCGAAUAACCCCCUAUUAUUGCUCUGUCUGCAAUGUGAUUUAAUACCCCACAUAAUUGCCCAUUUUACCCGUUGUUGCCUCUAAUGCUAUCUAAUCUCUAUGAAAUGCCUGAUUUAGCCCCUUCCAUUGAUCCACCUAUAUUGCCACAUAAUGCCCUAUGAAAUGCCCAAUUUAACCCCUACUUUUGAUCCACUUAAAUACAAUGCCCCAUAUAGCUCUUUGUUUAAUACCCUUGUACUGCUUGGCUUAUAAUUAUACCGCCACCUAAUACCCAAUGUAACUUCUCAUUUAAGCUUCAUUCUAUCCCCCCCCCUCCCCUCUAAUGCACCUUUUAAAUCCCCUACUGUUGCUAUACCUAUAAUUCCUCUUGUAAACGCUCAUUUUUAUGUAUUCUGUUACACCUGUAAUCUAGUCUCAUAUCUAACCCUUCUUUUGCUCCACCCAUAACAUAACACAACCUAAUGCCCUUUAUUUAAUACCUUCAAAUCCUGCCUAAUGUCACCUAGAACAACCACAGCCUGCCUUUCCCCCCUUAGCAGGCAGACCCUCUUCAUACAUUAUAACAAUAGCUAAACACCUGACAGCUAAUGACUGUUCCUUUAUUUUUUUCUACAUUGAGCUGAAAACAUGCUCUUACAGCCACCAUACUUGCAAAGCAUCAGGGGAGAUGUAGUCCACAACAUCUGGAGUGCUGAAGGUUGCCUAAAAUGCCUAACCCUGCUCUAUUAUACACAAACUCACAAUGUACUAUCUUUGGAAGAAUGUCACAAAAGUCCAAUCAUAUUCACGAUGUCAUUAAUAUGUGGUGUGUCUGAAUAUAUUAAAGAGCAACACAUCUUCCAGUAAUGUGUAUGAAUGUAGCACUGAGCCAUUCUAUUGCUCGAUGCAAUUCCCCUAAAUUUCUUUUUCUCCCUUGAAGGUAUUAUUACAACAAGCGGAUUCUACACAAAACUAAAGGAAAGCGUUUUACCUACAAAUUUAACUUCAGUAAAGUCGUGUUGGUGAACUACCCUCUGUUGGAUAUGGCCAAUUCUUCUCUCCUGCUUGGGCAAAGCGCGUUUCCUGGAGCCCACUCACAUGAUCCGUUCACUCCAGAGGUAAGUGGGCCAAUGUCACAGGGUUAUAAGACAAGGUCAGUCACAAACAGACCCUAAGCUGCUGUCAGAGACAGAUUAAUUGCUGAUCAUUCUGAGCCGCGACAAUAUGGCGGCCACUGCGAGAAGUACAUGGUCUGCGCUUUAUUCCCUAAAGAUAAAGAUAACAAAAUGAAAAAAUAGAUCAACUGCAGAAUUUCUACAAUUUGCAAUUGCAGGAAAAAUGGAUUGUCAGCUCUUUGAUUGAGCCAAUGUGCACUGAAGACAUCACAUAGCUUAUCUCAUUGAGGGUGCCCACUACUGGCAAGCUACGGGUCAUCUCUUACCAACUUGGUAGAAGAAACCUUGGGUGAUGCUUACUUGGUGUCCCACAUUGAGUAGACAGUUUAUUUUGUAUUCCGCAACACAAGCAUUGUAUCUAUCAGUGUUAUAUCGCAGUAAUAUAUAUAUAUGACUUUUCAGACUAACUCUUUAAUUGAUCUGAGAAUUGAAUCAAACUCUUUUAAAAUAUGUUGAAUUAAAAGAACACUCCAAGUACCAUAACCACUACAGGCCACUGUAGUAGUUAUGGUUACUGGAGUGUCCUGGCUCCCUUACAGGGUAAGUAGUAGAUCAGUUUAACAACUAACAUGGGGCCCAUCGCGUCCCUCCUCUGUACAACUGAAGCCUCUAAGCCAGGCAGUGAGAAUUCACAGCUGGCGCACUCAACUUAGCUCAAAUGGCGUCUGGCAGACCCUGGAUGUGUUGUCAAACUAGAGAGGCUUGUAGUUGUUAUGGUGCUCACAGUGUUCAUUUAAGUAUUUAUAGUCCCCCCCCCCCACUACCCUGUGGCAUUAUGUCAACUUGAUCACACAUAACACAACUUCAUGUAUUGUGUAAAAUGUAGGAUUAUUUACUAAACAGCGUGCAGCAAAAUUCAGGCAAAAAUAAUUCAUCUGCAAAAUUGCACGAUAGGAGAAUUUUAUUUUAUCCUAUAUGUCUGGAAACUGGUAGCCAGUUUAUUAGAUCUCAUUGUUUAGCUUCGUAAACUCUGUAAUCGGUAAUCUUCAAGCUAAUAGCAGUAAUUAAUGGAUGUUUGAGGAUGCCUUGGAUACGUCAAGUGGAAUAGUUCAUCUUGAUGUGAAUUCUUGACAUUUAUGAGCUUGUUUGUAUGUGCAAAGCCUGGCCAGUGUGUUUAUUUCAACAAAGAGAGCCACUUCAUUAGAUAAGCCUCUUCACGUCAAUCCAAUUCUCCAGGGUGAAGCCGUAUUACUCCACAUUCUAUGUGUCAUAGGACAGGAUCAGAAUUUGAAAUAUUCAGUUCGUAGAUGGGCAAGAAUAAAACGAGCUUGCACAAGGUCCAAUCUUUGAUAUCUUUGGCCCAUUCCAUUUAAUUUCAGAUGCAGUCCCAUACCCUUGCAGUAGUUUUGGUAUAUUAAAAUUAUUACCUGGGAUUUUUUGUCUCUGCAAUACUCUUUAAUGUGCCUUCUUAAUUAUUGUAUCAUCUACUAAUUUCACUUCUCCCUAAGUCCAACCUCUAAAGUUGCCACAACUUCUCUGUAUCGUCCCCUGACAAAUAACAAUAAUAUAGUGAUUACAGAGGAAUCUUAAUACAAGUCAAAGCAUGACAUAUGCUCCCAGUGAAGUGAGCAAAGAAUAUCUCCUCCUUUUUAUAGAAGACAGAAGGAAGUGUUAAUUACAUCAGUUCACCUCUAGAAUGUAAACUCAUUGAGCAGGGCCCUCCACUUCUCUGUUCCUGUGCGUCCAGUUGUCUGGUUACAAUUACAUGUCUGUUAGUCCACCCAUUGUACAGCGCUACAGGAUCUGAUGGUGCUAUAGAAAUAAUAAAAUAAUUAUAAUCCAAACUUACCCCUGCCCUUAAAUGUGCAAUUCGUUUCAAAAGCUUUUCACAAUUUAAAAUGCCAGUUUAAUGAUGUGUGAGAGUUAACAGAUAAAGUAAUAUAUGUAUUUAAAGUAGACAUGUAUGCAUGCAUAAACUAAUUUGAACCUGACUAGACGGAUGACAGGAAUAUUUUGUUACAGGCUUUGCAGUCUCUCUUCUCUCAAACUGGUCGUGCCCCGCUCCUGGACCGCCCCCUCACUGUUCCAGAUGCAGACAAACUUCGCCUUGAAGCUGCUUUUCCUUUUCUGAAUUCUGGUAAGACCAAGUGAAAAUCUUUUUUUUUUUUUUUUUAUUCUUUUUGUUUUUAAGUACAUUGUUUACACUGAAGACUAAUCUGUUAAUCUGCAUUAGUUUUAAAAUAAAAAUGGAAAAAAACAAAACACAAACUCCUCAAUGGGUUAUUUGUUAAAGGGACACUAUAGGCACCCAGAUCACUUCACCUCAUGAAGUGGCCUGGGUGCAGUGGCCCUGUCCCCUUGGCCUUUAAAAUGCUAAGACAAUUUCAAGUUCAAUUCCGUUAAGCGACGUUAGACGUCCUCAUGCAAAAUCUGAGGACGUCCAAAGUCUUGAAAAUCCCCAUAGGAAAGCAUAGAUUCAAUGCUCCCAAUUGGGGAAGCUCUAAAGCGUGUGGCAUUCGCCACGCAUGCACAUUAUGUUCUAGCAUUGUCGCGUUGUUGCGGUAGGAUAGCAUUGAUCCAGUGAUGAGGGACUUUGGUGCUGGUAACUGUAUAAAGGGUUUUUAGCGCUUUAAUCACCGGUUGGUAGUGAGGGAGCUAAAUUAAAUUAGACAGAGGGAUGCUUGAGCAGUUUUGUAUUCCUAAUGAUAUAGUUUUGCUCUAAGCUUCAAACCUUUUUCAAAAUUUGGGAAUAAAAUUUCAAAGAUCACUCACUGUAUUAUUUCCCAAUAAUAUUUGCAAACCCAACUCUGAAUUGUCAACGUGCGCAUCUGGGUUAAUCUGAAAUACUAUAAAAAGAGGCCCAGGAUUAGUUCAGGAAUGAUUAGCAGACAUUCAGCUAACACAGAAAUCUCCAAAGUGUGCAGUUUCACCAUUAAAUUGUUGUAUGUUAAGUGUGCAUUCCAAAUUCGGCAUGGAUUUUGAACCUUUUCAUGUUAAUUUAGUUCUGACAUCAAAUUGAAGAAAUAAAAGGGAAUUUGGGUUACACAUCCAGAACAUGCAUUUUUCUGCAAUGGUGCUGCUGUUAAAACCAAAAUAUAAACAAAAUAGAGAUUCAGGAACAGCUCCCACACAAAAAGAUACAGUUUUUCAAUCUUAGAAGGAUACUUAAAAUCACGUUGGUAAACAAUUCAGUUACACCAUAUGGCCACAUUCCCACAGUAACCCAAUAUCGGUGGGUACUACACUAAUUUUAACAUGGUUGUAUUGCAGUUAGCAUGUUUAUCAAACUGCUUAAAGUGGCACAGUCAUCGCCUAGGGACUUUUCAGAAUUUGCUAUGACCCCAGUAGUGACUUCUUCAGGCCGGAAGCCUGACAUCACUGCUUAACUCUAGUGCAUGGGCAAGAGUACAGCUUUGAAGUCUAUGGAGAAUCUGGUAAGACUGCGGGAUUAUCCAAACACAGAGCAAAUUCCCUGCAGCCGUCACUGGUGACAGCUGGGUGACUGACACUUCUAGACAGCGGUAACUCCGCCCCGUGUCUAGAAGUAUCAAGCGUAGAUAAUAUACAGAGACAGAGUAGUCACUACUUUCAGUGAAAUUCCAACAGUCAAUAUGAGCAUUUAAUAAAGAUUCUAUUUUUAUGAAAUACUCUUUUUUUUUUUUAGAUAGUGGGGAGAGAGGGAAGGGGGUCAAGGGGUUACAGUGCCGCUUUAAACUGCUUCCAAAAUUGAUCAAAAAUUUGACGCAGAUGUCCUUCGUGGAUUUUGCAAUCAGAAGUACAUUUGGACUUUGGUGUCCUUAAUAGAUUCCUAUUAAGCAAAACAGGUGCAUAAAAUCCGCCAGAAAAAACACCUGAAGCUAGUCUCCCAGGAGCGUCACUUACCUGGAAACGUAACACGAUAGGUAGGCUCUUCAAGCACAGAUUUCAUACGUUUUGGUUUCAUUUUUAUCGUAGGACGGGGGGAUUAUGCAGACGGAAAGUGACAAAGUUUGUUUAUGCUCCUUCAAUGAUGUUACCUCCUUUUGUCAUGUAAACUCAACAGUUAUGGUGGAAAAAACAAACAAAUGCUGGAAGUGAUGACUUACAAUCAGAAGUCAUCAAGAUACAUUAAUAAACAGUGCAGAACUUGCCAACUGAUUUCUAAUUGUAAUUAAUUUCUUCGUUUCCAAUUCGUGCUACUUUCUACGCCAACCAGUAGAUCAACCAUAUGUUUUUAACCCCUUAAAGACCAAACCUCUGGAAUAAAAUGGAAUCAUGACAUGUCACACAUGUCAUGUGUCCUUAAGGGGUUAAAGAGCACAAACAAAUCCCGAGAGAAGAUGGUUAUUUCUGUAGUUUUUGGUAUCUAUAGUUUCUGUGACGGUUUAUGUUGGUACUGAUGAGGUUUUGUUGACUAGAUUUCCCAACAUGUCCAGAGAGACUGUGGCUUCCUAGGCAUCAAGGGAAUUGUAGUCCAGGUAUAUAUAUUAUAACAUUUGUGAAAUGACCUCUCUCUUUUUGUUUUUCUUAGGCACCGGUUACACAAAACCACCAUCCUUACUGCCCCCCUAUAACCGCAACUCCCCAUUUCCAGACUACUCCUGGGGAUUUAACCCAUACCUUUCCAGCAACUUCCCACUCGCCGGCUCUAAGCUGCCCACUUCUCUCUACCCCCCGCAGUUUUACCCCAGCUCCCUUUCCCAACUGCCACCUCCAGUUUCCUUACUCCCUGGAGACUCUAUAGACAGAUCUGUCUCUCUAUUGCAAGGCAUCCCGCAGAGGCUUUGCAGCAACUUGAACCCCCACUUAGUGUCCCCCAGAGGAAGCGGAGAAUUAGUGGGGGCACCAGCAGCCAGGAGAGAGAGAGCAGAACCAGAAGGGAAACAGGAACCAGAGUCUGAUUCAGAUCUGGAAAUUACGGACGUGAGCGACUGCAGCUCAGAGGCAGAGGGGUGCGGGUACAGCCCCCCAUGCCCAGGACCAGCACUGGUCAGACCACAAGCAGAAGCUGAACUCCCCAAAGAGGAGGGCAAGACGGCGGAAAAAGCAGCUACCGUGUCCAGCUAG